GGCUGGCCGGCCUGUGAACGUGGUGAGGUGGCGUCGGGGCGCGGGGGCCGCUCCGCGGUGGCCCGCGAUGAGGAGAUCAGAACCGUCUACCUGGCCGCUCUGAUCCGGCCUGAGCGCGGGCGGCGCAGGAGGAUUCUCCAUGGCGGAGUUCCGCGAGUCGGGCCGGCGGGCGUCGGCGGGCGGCCGGGAGGAGGACGACGACGAGGAGCGGGAGCCGCUGCUGCCGCGCAUCGCCUGGGCCGGGCCGCGGAGAGGCGCGCCGGGGAGCGCCGUGCGGCUGCUGGAGGCCGCGGGAGACGAAGGCGUGGCUGUCCUCCGCGAGGCGGGCGACGGGGACUCGCCGGCCCCUCCCGGAGACGCGUCCCGCCGCCUGUCCCGGGACCUCGGGGCGUCGGGGAGCUCGACCGCCGACUGGGAGCGGAACCGCCUCGCGACCUCAGAGAUGAAUUCAUUCUUGGAUGAUCCAGAAUUUGCUGAUAUUGUACUGAGAGCAGAGCAAGCAAUCGAAAUUGGAGUUUUUCCACAAAGAAUCACUCAAGGGUCAAGUGGAAGUUACUUUGUGAAGGAUCCUAAGAGGAAAAUUAUUGGUGUGUUUAAGCCCAAAUCAGAAGAACCUUAUGGUCAACUGAAUCCAAAAUGGACCAAAUAUGUUCAUAAGAUCUGCUGCCCUUGCUGCUUCGGCAGAGGCUGCCUGCUUCCUAACCAGGGAUACCUUUCUGAAGCUGGUGCCUCCCUGGUGGAUGAGAAGCUUCACCUGGGCAUUGUCCCUAAAACAAAGGUGGUCUGGCUUGUCAGUGAGACCUUUAACUACAGUGCAAUUGACCGUGCAAAAUCAAAAGGCAAAAAGUAUGCCUUAGAGAAAGUGCCAAAAGUAGGUAGAAAGUUCCAUCGGAUAGGACUCCCUCCUAAGAUUGGUUCCUUUCAGUUAUUUGUUGAAGGUUACAAGGAGGCUGAAUAUUGGCUUAGGAAAUUUGAAGCUGAUCCUUUGCCUGAGAAUAUUAGAAAACAAUUUCAGUCACAAUUUGAAAGAUUAGUUAUUUUGGAUUACAUCAUCAGAAAUACAGACAGGGGAAAUGACAACUGGUUAGUCAGAUAUGAAAAGGAGAAAUGUGGAAAGGAAAUGGACGGUCAGGAAGCAAACUGGAUUGAUGAUAAAGAACUGCUUAUUAAAAUAGCUGCAAUUGAUAAUGGCCUUGCAUUUCCUUUUAAACAUCCUGAUGAAUGGAGGGCAUAUCCAUUUUACUGGGCUUGGCUUCCUCAAGCCAAAGUUCCUUUUUCUGAAGAAAUAAGAAACUUGAUUCUACCCUAUAUUUCUGACAUGAACUUUGUGCAAGAUUUGUGUGAAGAUCUUUAUGAACUUUUUAAGACUGAUAGAGGAUUUGACAAAGCCACAUUUGAAAGUCAGAUGUCUGUGAUGCGGGGCCAGAUCUUAAAUCUUACCCAGGCCCUGAGAGAUGGGAAGAGCCCUGUCCAGCUGGUCCAGAUGCCUUGUGUGAUCGUGGAGCGCAGCCAAGGUGGCGGUCAAGGGCGGAUUGUCCACCUGAGCAGCUCCUUCACCCAGACCGUCCAUUGCAGGAAGCCAUUUUUUUCCACCUGGUAGUGGAUGUGAGAGGACAAGUGUAGGCAUCAUUGUGAUAUGAAAGCAUCACAGUAAUGUAAACCUGCUGGUAAGAACACACCAGUUGCCAAAAACCUCGAAAAAGUCAAGUCUUUCAAAAGUCAUAUUUUUUUAAUGUAAUCAAGUUUACAGUUUUUUUGUCCAAAUAUUAAAUUUCUAUUUCAGGGAAGAAGUGACAUAUAUUGUAUUUUUAUAGAAAAUUUGUAUCUUACAUUGUUGUUUGUUUAAAAAGGUAAUUUCAUGGUUUAUACAUGUGAGCAUGACUGUAAUUAUUCUAGAACUCCAAGGAGAAAAACAUAUCUGUUGACCUUUGAAUACUUUUUAGACAUGGAGAAGAACAUUCAUGUGAGCUAGUUGUAUUUCAUUCCUGCAGGACUGUGAGAAGAGCCAAGCCCCGGAGCCUGCUAGGAAGACAUAGAAGUCAGUAGAUACACAGAACAAAGGAAUGUUGCCUUUAUCCUAAUGCUGCUAUUUUAGAACUGGAAUUAGUGUCCUUGACAUAAUUAUUAGGGACCUCAAAGUCUUAUUUUGGCUAAGUGAUAGAUGACCAUUUUCUUCUUUUGCAUUUUAUUUAGUAAGAAAAAAAAAGAUAUUCCCCUUCUUAAAAAAACAAAAAAAGAAACAGAACAUUCUACUGAGACUUGAGGGAAGUAAUAUAAAAUUAAGGUUGCUGAUCUCCAGUAUUUUGAAAUUCUAAAAUAUCUUUUAACAUUUCCUUUUUGUGUCACCGUAUCUUCAAUAGGAUCAAGUAAUUGAUCAAUUCAUAUUUCAGAGUGUUGUUCAGUUUAAUACUUUAGUUAGUAUACACUUCACUGAAAAGUAAAUCAUACCCCAAAGUAUAUGUUGGGUUUCAUUCUGGGGUUAAUAGGUCAUGAAUUUCUUCAAAAUAAUACUACUUGAAAUUAUUGGUGAUACUAUAAUUAGAUUACUCUGUUUUAGAUUAUUAUUUCCAAUUAAAGAAGAACCUGACAGCAGUAGCCAUCGAAUCAUUUGCAUUUAAUAUUGAAACUUUGUGCUAUAAUUUGAAUAUGAGUUUGCCUCACAUUCUGGGAAUUGGGACUAACACUGUUUAAUACCACGUGAUUGAAAUGGAUCGGAGCUUGGAAAGAAGAAAAACGUCGAUCUCUUCUUCAGACUUAGAACCACCUAACUGGGCCAUGAAUAGUCUUGGCCUUUUGUGUCUUAAGCUUAGUGUCAGAUAAUUCACUAUUUCAAUGAGUUACUUUUGUAUGAAAGUAUAGGCAGGGUGGUUAAGUUAGGUGGGAAUGAGCUGGGGUCUCUUCCUCUUCCUCUUGGGCAUGGUGACCCAGGACACUGCCACCUACAGGGAGUUAGGAGUAAUUGCUGCUAGCUCCUCUCGCCCUUCAUUAGCUCUAUUUUGAGAUAAUGGAAAAUGGACUGGAAAAUCAAAACUCAAACUACUAUCCUUAGGUAACUACUAGUAAUUAAAAUGUGCCUUUUUGGAGAUCUAAAAAGAGAUGAGUUGCUGUGGUGUGGGUGUGGCUUUCAGUUUUUAAAAUUUCAGUAUUUUGAGAAAUAUUAUACUACUUUUUAUAAUAGAAAACCUAGUAAAUUGCCAUUUUCUAUGCUAAAAUUAAAAUUGUGUGAAAAUAUUUUUAAAUGUCUGACCAUACUAGAAUGGUACUAUUGACAUUUUUUAAAGAUAAGAUUGGAAGUCAGUACAGUAGCUAUGUUUUGUAAAUUUCUAUGAGUUUAAUUCUUAUUUAAAUAUUGUGGCUUCUUCAAUGAGCAUAUUUAUAUUGUCAAACAUGGUAGACAAAAGGUAAUAAAAAUCAUUGUUUUGAGGCUAGAUUUCUCCUGCAUGUGUAUACUUAAAAUUAGAAUGUUUGUGAUAAUGCUUGAGUUUAUAAAUGAUGACAGACCACAUUUUCCCAUGUUAGUAGUAUAGUUUAACUCUUUCUAAUUCCAAAUGGUAUAUUUAACUAGAACUUUUUCAAUUGGAGACAUUUUAAUUUUAUUUUGUUACGUGUUGCCUUAUUACAUCCCAAAUUUGCCAGCAGUUGACAUCUUUGGAGAAAUGGAUUUUUAGACUUGAAAAAGAUUGAUUCAUAGUGUCUGUGUGUGUGUGUGUGUGUGUGUGUGUGUGUGUGUGUGUUUGUUGCUAGAGAUUGAAGGUGGAGCCUUGUAAAUGCUAGAUAAGUGCUCUAUCACUAAGCCACAUACACCCUGGUCCCAAUUUAAAAAUAUUUAAAACAACUGUAUUCAUAGUUAAAACCUUAUUAAAAACCAAUGGUGACAUGUUACUUGGUUGAGUUAUGUUGUAAAUCCCUGCACAGCUAUGUAAAGACAAAGGCAGCUCAGAGGUGUUUCUAUCUAUCUGCCUGCGGUCACCAGGUUGUUUGGGCAGCUGUGCAGUCUUGAGGCAGAUAUUCACAGCACUCUCCUACCCUUCAGAGCCCUACCUGCAGUUAGCAUGGGGCCACGUGGAGCAAAACAUAUCUAGAGACAAGUGAUACAUGAUAUUCCCAAAGCUGGCAGUAAAAUUCCUAGCCAUGAUUGACCUUACUCUUGUCCUCCUGUAGCUAUAAACAAAGACAUUUGUCAGGUGGAAGCAGCCGGGGCCCAGGAGUCGCUGCUGGAGGAAGCCACCAGAAGAACCUCCUGACCCAUACAGUGAUGUGACCUCAGCAAGAAAGAAAUGCUAGACAGGUACUAGUGGCUCACACCUGUCACCCCAGCUACUCAGGAGGCUGAGAUCUGAGGAUCCAUGGUU